AAAACUUAGAAAAUAAUGAACCAAUUACAAUUAAAGAAGCAAUGAAUAAAGGAUUCUCCUUUUCGAAACAAGAUAAAUCUUUAAAUUAUAUUAGUUUAGACCAAAAACCAGAAUUUCAUACAGAAAUAGCUGGCUUACUAAAAGAAGGCCCAACACUCAAAGAUGUCAUUACUCUCAUGAUACAAAAUCCAACCCGAGAAAAAGAAAUCUUGACUGAAUAUAAAGUCAAGGCUAUAAGAAAUGAUGAAAUCAAAACAUUUGAUUUCAAAAAUAAAUCUGAUAGUGAUAAUGGAUUUGGUUGGUCUAUAGAAGAAAAUGAUGAGUGGUUUAAU